GAGUGAAAAAGCAAACAAAAAUCACAGCUCCAAACCCAAUGCACCAAAACCUACCUUGUUCCGUGUGGUAGCAUCAAUUUUCAAUAGCCGAGGUGCUCGGAUAAUAAACCCACUUACAUUACAUUACAUUACAUUACCACUGCGUUUUUAUUUCUUUCUUUCUCUUUGCUGCAGGUGGUGGGGUGUCCCUGUGCUUCUUCUGCUUCUGCCUUUCUGUGUUCUCUGCUCUCUUCACCUUUCUUUUGGACCCAGGAAAGCGGGUGUUAUCAAAAUAAAAAUAUGCAGCAGCACCUGAUGCAGAUGCAGCCCAUGAUGGCAGCUUACUAUCCCAACAACGUCACCACUGAUCACAUUCAACAGUACCUGGAUGAGAACAAGUCCUUGAUUCUUAAGAUUGUGGAAAGCCAAAGUUCUGGCAAGCUCAGCGAGUGUGCUGAGAACCAAGCAAGGCUACAGCGAAAUCUAAUGUACCUAGCAGCAAUAGCUGAUUCUCAACCACAACCACCUACCAUGGCUGGCCAGUACCCGGGAAGUGGGAUGAUGCAGCAGGGAGGACACUACGUGCAGGCUCAGCAGGCGGCGGCGGCGGCGGCGCAGCAGAUGACACAGCAGCAGCUAAUGGCGGCACGCUCCUCCCUCUUGUAUGCGCAGCAGCAGCCAUACGCUGCGCUCCAACAGCAAGGCCUCCACGGCCAACUCGGCAUGAGUAGUUCAGGUGGUGGUGGUGGUCUACACAUGCUGCACGGCGAAGCCAGCAGCGGAAACAUGGGAGGAGGAGGAGGAGGGUACCCUGACUUCGUGAGAGGCUCCGGUGCAGAGGGCAGGAGCAUAAUUGGAAGCAGCAGCAGCAAGCAAGAAAUGGGUGAAGGGCGAGGUGGCGGUGGUGGUGGUGGAAGCUCUAGUGGACACACCGGGGAAGGUGGUGAAACAAUGUACCUCAAAUCUGCUGAUGAAUGAUCAUGGGAGUCAUGGCAAUUCAACUACCUAGGCUUCUUUUUUUUUAGUUUAUUAAUUAGUUAGGAGAAGAAGAAGGUACGCAAUGAAUGGAAGAUUAAAUUAUCAGUAGUAGUAGUAGUAGUAGCCUCUAGCUAGGUUGGAAAAAGCCAAAAGACUUGUGUGUUUGAAGAAGAAUGUUUGGCUUUUAAUCUUUCUUGUGAUUUAUGGGAACUGGGAAUGAAGGCUAAAAAAACAAUCGACAUAGAGAGUGUGUUUCAAAGACCACUUUUAAUUUGCCUUGACUUUUCUACCAUACUUGCAACAUAAAUGAAAUGAAAUAAAUGCAUGCCUUCACUGAGUUUA